UUUUAUAGUUUGUGUUUGUGCGUGUGUGUGUGUGCAUGCACUCUUCUGCCUGAAUAUAUUUAUGUGCACCAUGUGCACGCAGGAGCCCUCAGUGACCAGAACCCAGGAACGAGAGUUACAGCUAUAAUCUAACUUGCUGUCCUAACAGCUUUUCCCACUAGCUUGGAAGGGCAGUGACUGAACAGGCUCUCACAAAGCCUGACAAGAGGUCAGGGUUAGUAAGGAACUGCUGAGUCCUUCAAUCCCUCAACACACCUGGGAAGAAUCUGGUCUUCCAGUAAUUGCUGUAUUUGUUUUUGCAGUGCUAAGGAUAAAUCCAGGGACACAUGCUAAGCAAGUGCUCUGCCACUGCACUACCUGGGGCAAUGGCAAAGAGAUGCUGACUACUGGCAUACCCAGAGGGACAGGCCUCCAGCCCACUCCCUGGUAAUCAUGAGUAGGACAAAUCUUCUCAUAUCUACAGACACAUGAUGUCCAAGUGCAGGACUGUCACAUGAUCUUUUGACACAUCAGGAAGCCAAAGAGUCAGAGACCCCGCUUCAGUGUGCCUGAGACUUAGGCAAGGGGGCUUGAGCUACUGCGAUGUCCCCACCACAGAAGGGCUGCAGUUUCUCCCAAGACUUUUAGCAGAGUGGUCCUCAGACAGGAGCAUCAGCAGGAAGGCAGCUGUGGACCUGGACUUGGGAUGGGUUGGAGUCUUGAGUUUGUAAUAAGUCAAGAAACAUUCAUGCCUUCUUUCCCUAGCUUCUUAGUCUUGGUCACUAGUCUCCAAAGUGCCCUUCGUGGCUUUGGCAUAUCACCCCGGGUCCCUGUCUCCCAUUGCUUCUGCUGUGAGAAUAAUAAUCAGACAGCCUUCAGAAUUAAUGCUGUUACACUGACUGCCGCAGCCCUAGACCAGCUCCAGCCCACCUCUGUUCCUAGUGGCCAUACCUGGGCCCCGCCCACUCCAGCCCUCUACAGCCCCGCCUCAGCAUGAAUGAGCAGCCUUUCAAGUAGCCUGGGCACACAUUUCUUGUCCAGUUUUCAGUUCUCCAGAGUCACAGCCACUGCUGCAUCAUGUGGGCCCUGGGCUUCCUGCUCUGCUUUCUCACCAUGCAACCUGUGGCACAGGUGGACUCCGAGGGUACCUGGUGCUACGACUCCCAAGACCCAAAGUGCGGCCCUACCCACUGGAAGGAGCUAGCACCUGCUUGUGGGGGCCCAGCCCAGUCCCCUAUCAACAUUGACCUUCACUUGGUCCAGCGGGACUAUACUCUUGAGCCCUUCAUCUUUCAAGGCUAUGAUUCAGCACCUCUAGACCCGUGGACCCUGGAGAACGAUGGCCAUACAGUGAUACUGCGAGUAAGUUCCUGUCAGCAGAGCUGCCCGGUGAUCCGAGGGGCUGGGCUGCCAUCACCAGGGUACCGGCUGCUGCAGCUGCAUUUCCACUGGGGCAGUCCAGGGCGCAGAGGCUCAGAGCACAGCCUGGAUGAGAAGCACUACUCUAUGGAGAUGCACAUGCUCCACAUGAACACGAAGUACCAGGACGUGAGGGAGGCACAAAGCCACUCGGAUGGACUCGCUGUGCUGGCUGUGCUGUUGGAGGAGGACAGGGACAAUACCAAUUUCUCUGCCAUUGUGUCUGCCCUAAAAAAUGUAUCUUCACCUGGGGUCUCUGUGAACCUGACAUCCUUCCCCCUGGCCUCCCUGCUGCCAAGUGCCGUGGGGCUCUUGCACUACUACCGAUACUCCGGGUCUCUGACCACGCCGGGCUGCCAGCCAGUCGUGCUCUGGACAGUCUUUGAAAACCCCGUACCCAUUGGGCACGCGCAGGUAGCCCAGUUCCAGACCAUGCUCCAGUCGGGACCACCAGGUUUGCACCCCAGACCGCUCAUGGAUAAUUUCCGCCCCCAGCAACCUCUUGGAGGGCGCAGGGUAUCAGCCUCUCCUGGAGCAUUCAUCCGGUCCUCAGUCCCUGUCCUGCCCUGUUUGCAUCUGGCUCAUUUGGGCUUGGGAGUCAGCCUUGGGCUCUGGCAGGGCCCCUAGGAUCCAGGGGUGACUCCUGCUUCGACAAUAAAUGAUGCAGAGCAACUUUGA